AUGGAAACAAUGGCUCUUUUCCAGUAUUAUAACAACUAUCUCGACUAUUUGUACCAUAUCAUCCUACCCGACCGGGUGGAGGGACAAAUCAACGCCAUCUACCAAGCCAUCGAAAACCAGGAGCCGCUCAAUCUAGGCCAUCUGGCGCUUUUGUUCAGCAUCAUCGCAAGCUCUCUCUUCCUGCAAUUAUCUAUUGAAUCAUCUGUUCAUGCAGAGGCGUGUAGUCGGGAAUAUACGUUCUUGACAGGUGCUGCUUUAAUUCAGAGUAACUACUCUGCAUAUCCGACAAUCGAGGGACUACAGGCGACGUUAAUAGUGGCGCACAACUUAUCCAACACAAAUUGCCAUCCAUCUGUUCGUGUGCUUUUUGUGCAUGGCGCGAUUGUUAGUCAAGCGAAGAGUCUCAUGCUACAUUGUAUCGACUCUCCUCAGUUCGAAAGAAAGGCCAAUGGCACUGAUAUGAUAGAAAUCGAGCUCAAACGACGUCUUUGGUGGGAUUUGGCGUCUUAUGACUGGCUAUUGGGCUUCCUCAGCGGUCCGCAAGAAAGUACAUAUCUUAUUCAUCCGGAACACAUGAACGUCCAGAAGCUGGCAAAUAUAGAUGACAUAAUACCAGACAGCAAAGAAAAAGACUAUUCGUUGCCAACUUCAACGCCGACGAAAAUGUCCUAUUCUCUUGAGCGGCUCAAGCUUGCAGAAGUGUGUCGAGAAAUUGUUGACGCAACUGCCUACGAACACCUGCGAGGAAGGGAAGUAAGCUAUGAUAAGGUCCUCGAGCUGGACCGUAAGCUUCAGCAAGCCUAUGACUUCCCGGCGUUCUUCCGCCUUGACGCUGUUUCCCGACAGCAAUAUGGACCUCUCUAUCAAGACCGACCAUCGAUCGCUUGGCAGAGAUGCCUUCUACAUCAAGCGUAUCACUCACGUUUGUGUCGACUACAUCGUCAAUAUCUGGUUCGGGGCGCUCGAAAUCCGACGUAUUCCUAUUCCCAUGUGGUCUGUCUUCAAUCAGCGCGCAAGGUGUUGGAAAUGAAGAGAAUCAUGGAUGAAGAUGGGCCGACGUUUAUGCCGCCUAGUUCAGUUGUAUGGUCAGUUAUGCAUCAUGUAUUCAUGGCAGCUGUUAUCCUGUUGAUGGACGUCUGCUUCAACUGGGAUGAUAUACUUGCGGAAAAGAGAAAGGAAGAAGUGCUGGAUGCGUGUCGCAUGUUGAGUAAAGCACAGCAAUCCUCAUCGACUGUUCGUGAGGGAAUCAAUGCGAUGAUGGAGGUUUUGCAGAAGCAUUGGAAAGUGUCUAAUGGCAAGCAGUCUGCGGUAGCAUCGUCUCCUGUCAUCAACCCGAUGGAGCUGGGUAAUCCGGCUCGUGAUUCUACCCCGACUGCCGAGCCAGAAACUGCUAAUCUCAAGCAAUCCCCAGCGGACCUUCCGAGCAAUGCUAUAGACGAUACCGGGGAUACCCUUGAGGAUAUAUGGACAGAAAUGCUAGACAACAGCGAGAAUCUGUCUUCCGACACACCGGACUGGACGGGGUUGCUGGCCGAAUUAACAACUGCUACUGUGCCUUAUUGA